GAAGGCUUUCUAGAAAUGCUACACAAAUUGCGCAAUGAGCCUUUAUUUCAAAUACCUUUGCAUGAUUGAGCCUUUCUUCCCUAUGAAUGCCACACCCAACCCACCUAUCUUUGUUUGGUACAAUGUCAUCAUCCCGCAACAGGACUCUUCUCAGCAUAACAUCCAUUUGGAGAAGGCCUCUGUUCUCUUCAACCUGGCAGCCCUCUGCACCCACAUUGCUCUCUCCUGCGAUCUCACCACCAUCCAAGGCCAUCGCCUUGCCAUGGAAGCCUUAAAUGAUGCUUCAAAUUGGUUCUCUCUGCUGAGGUUUGAGUCUAAGAAGGCAUCUGGCACGAGUGACUUGUCAGAAUCUUACGCCAUUAUGAUGGCAAAUCAUAUUCUCGGCUUCAAAGAGGACUUUCCUCGUCAUCCCCAAUCUGAUGAAUCAUCAGUACCUGGAUAUCCUGCUUCAGCUUAUGUUCAAUCCUCAACACCUCAAUAUGUUGAAACAAGUCCGAGUGAUGUAAGUCAUGUAACUGAACAAUUUCUUUUAGGGUAUUGCAAGUCUCACGCCCUGCUUCAAGAGGUGUGUCAACCACUAUGCUUGGACCUUCUCUCUGAGGCUAGCCCUGUCAAGAUUAAGGAUGGAAAUCUUGUGGCCAAUGCAACCUUAGAGGCACUGCAUUUGGCAUUGGAGAACAUGAGCUUGCAGGAGACACCGCAGUAACGUUACCUUAGAGAAAAACUAAACAAGAUUUAGGAAUGAACUUGUUUUCUUUUUUAAAUUUGAUGUUGGAACUUUGUUUGUUGAUGCUACAAUACUUUGUGUGAUUUUGUUUGUUGAUGUAUGAAUAUAUUCCUUCUUAUUUAUCACCAAUUUAUAGUGAUUUGUAUGCCACUUUCUGCAUCAAUCUUAUAUUGAAGAUGAUUUGCGUGGCAUUUUCUCCACACAAGGAAUAUUGAAUUGAAAAAAUAAGAUAAUUUGUACUAUAACAAUUUUGAAAACAAUUUUAUUUCUGUCA